CUCCACAGCUGUUGAGCUGUCAGAAUACGGUGGAAUGAAAGAUUAAAAAUUCCUCACGCGUCCGUCUGUCAGUGGCGAUUUCUCGCGGAGGCCGCACAACGUCAUCAAGCGCAGCAACCAGUGAAGUAAAAUUUAGUUCAUAUGUAGUUAGAAAUCUAGCAGCAAAAUGAGGCUCUAUUAUUUGCUCCUGUUGAGUCCGUUUUUCCUCGGAUCGCAGGCCCACUUACUGGAAGGACUGUACUGCGGGAAAGAAAACUGUUACGAUGUCCUGGGAGUGACACGGGAAACGUCCAAGCAAGUAAUCGGCCGUAACUAUCGCCAACUGGCCAAAAAGUACCACCCGGAUUUGCACAAAGGCGAGAAAGCGAAACAGGAAGCCGAGGAACAGUUCAAACGGAUUGCCCGGGCCUACGAAAUACUCCGGGACGAUGAAUUCCGAGCGGACUACAACUACAUGCUGGACAAUCCGGACGCGUACUAUUCGCAUUACUAUCGGUACUACCGGCGCCGUACCAAGGUGGACGUGAGGUUGGUCGUGUUGGCCACAAUCAGUGUCAUCUCCUUGGUUCAGUACUUUUCGCGCAAACAACGCUACGAGGAGGCCAUCAAGUACUUCAUGACUGUGCCAAAGUAUCGCAACAAGGCGCUGGAGAUCAUCAACCAGAAUGGUUCUGUUACAAAAAAGGGGUCAUCCAAAUCCAAACUUUCGAAGGGCGAACGGAAAGAAGAAUCCGAGCGAAACAUACGAAAAGUGAUCGAAGAAAACUUGGACAUCCAGGGUGCAUAUGCCAAACCUCAAAUCACCGAUAUCCUAUGGAUUCAAAUUAUACUCAUACCGUAUACCCUGGCCAAGUAUGUGAAGUGGAAUGUGCUGUGGAUUUACAAAUACGGUUUGCUGAAAAGGCCUUACGACCUGGAGGAUAAACUAUAUCUCAUAAGGAAAAACAUGAAUCUCGGCGUCCAUCAAUUCAAAGCAAUCGAGAGCGAUCAAAUAGACGAAUAUCUGGCGAAAGAACUGUGGAUAAAAGCAAACUACAAAACCUGGAAGGACGCACAAGAAGAGGAGAUGAAACGUCAAAUGGCGGAUAAUCCUAGAUAUAAGGCGUAUCGGCGGUACAUGAAAAAUCAUGGACCGGGUAGGAUAACUUUUGAUGACUAGUUGAACAAAUUAUUAUUUAUUGAAUGAG